AUGACAUGGUCGGAGAAGCAAGAUUACUGUAGAUUGGGAACGAACGACUUGCGAACUUGCGAAACUUGCGUUGGCAAAGGAUCGGUGAGCACAACUGAUUUAGAGUCUCAUCUGAAGAUUACACGUUUCAGGACUGUUUCUGGUGCGGAGGCAAGAAGAAAGAGUGCCUGCCGUUCGACUGGUACUACCCGGACUGUAACAUAAAACACGUCAAGUACAACGUGUGCUGGGUCAGUACCUCGGCCGCCGCCGUCGUCAUCGCCAUCGCCGCCGGCAUAAUCGCCGUCAUUCUGAUUGCCUGCUUUUGUUAUUGUUGUUGCAAGUGUAAAGAGUACAACAGAAUUCACAAGAAGGCGAAGGCGCAGAAAAUGGAAUGAGCAGAGGAUGACCGCUGAACGAGAGAUGGAAAUGCGGCAGAGCGAACGAUCCGAUCAGAGGAAGGCCGAGCUGGACGCCUACCGAAUGAAGUACAAUAUUCCCGCCAAGACUGACGGAAAAGUGUGAACGUUCGGAGAAAACGAAACUAUAUUGUGCGUCCGGGUAUACUAUUGUCUAUCUAGCCUGUCUGUUUUCAGUAGCCAAAUGAAUCUUUCGAACCGUGUGAUGUUUACUUUCAAUGAAAAACGCGAGUUAGUCAGCGCAAGGUACACACCAAACUGAGGUGGAUCUCCGCAUAUAUAGCGGCAAGGAAGCUCUCAUUUCCAGAUGAGUCACUUCCGAUUCCCUCUCUUUCUUCAUCUUUCAUCCGACGUCCGACAGUUGAAGAAACCUGUUCUUUGUUUAGCCAACUGCCUUCUCUCUCCUCUUCUCUCACCUCUUCACGAGGUCGUUUCCAAAUAAAAGGAGUCCUGAGACAGACACAUCUUUACUUUCAGACGAUGACGUCCGUUUCCCUUCUCUCUUUUUCGGCUCUCUUUGUGCUCUUUGCCGGCUCCGAGGCGGUUUUCACGCAGUCCGCAGGAGUCAAAGGAGUCCUUAUGUGUGGUGACAAGCCGCUGGCCAACACGAAAGUCAAGCUCUACGACGAUGAUACUGGUUGGUUCAACAUUAUCUUAUUGGGACUAAUUCAAUGUUUCAGGACCGGAUCUUGAUGAUCUUCUCGCCGAGGGAACAACCGACUCUCUUGGACAGUUCCUUCUUUCCGGACACACUUCCGAAGUGAUGACGAUCGACCCGAAGAUCAACAUCUACCACGACUGCGACGACGGAAUCAGCCCUUGCCAACGAAAGGUCACUUUCAACAUUCCAAAAUCGUUUGUCUCUUCCGGCGAGAACCCGAAGACCUACUUCAACAUCGGAACGAUCAACAUGCAAAUCGUAUUCGAGUCGGAAUCCCGUGACUGUCUUCAUAGAAAGUAAACGCUUUCUGAUGCUCAAUCUGAUCUCUUCUAAUCGGAUACGUCAUACCUUCCUCCAUUACCUUUUCUCUUUCUCUUUCUCUCUCUUCUCACAAUGAACAGUUUCUCUCUGUGUACGUCUUCUCCUUCUUCUACACUCUUGAUCAAUCGACCCGUCUUGUUGAUUACUGAUACGUAUCGAUGGCAGGGAGAAUGUACUGCUUACGGCUGUUAUCAUCUCUACUACUACUACUUCUAUUUUUAUCAACUGCUGCAACCAAUGAUCUCGACGAGAGAAUACUAGGCGACGUGCAUCGCAUUCUUCAGAAACGGAGUAUUCUCGACAACGUUGCAUUGGACGAUCCGAAGGCGGAAUGUAGGAAUGGAGGAAUCUUUGCGGGAGGAAUAUGCCAUUGCAUAAAAGGACAGACUGGACCGAACUGUGAGCAUUUUGAGUGCGGUGAGUCAAGAGAAAAAAGGUUAGAAAACUUGACUUUCUGUUCAGUACACGGCCUCUCUGUCGGAUUCCGAUUCGAUCCGGAGAGUCUUCUUUUCAAUGAACCGUGCAUUUGUGAGAAAGGAUGGAAAGGAGAGCUCUGUGACUUCCAGCCGGCCGAAAAAGUUGGUUUUCCUCUUCUCAACAAUGCAAAGAAUGGAUGAUGUUCUAGUGUGGAAAUAAAGGAUCUUGGAAGAAGGACCAUUGUGAAUGCGUCGGUAAUUACUUCGGAAGUGAGUGUCAGUACACGAGCAGGUGUGUCGAAGGAUUCUCGAGGAACGGACGGUGCAUUUGCAAUGACGGGUUCGAAGGCGACUGCUGCGACAAGAUCGUGUGCGUCUAUGGAACACCAGGUGACUAUAAUCUAUACAAUUCCUCUCAAAAUCACUAGAUCUCAACUUCUAGACUUCAAAAACCGAACUCUAUCGUGUCAUUGUCCUGAAAAGUACACAGGCCGUCGUUGCGAAAAGUGCAAACGACAGGGUCCCCUUCUGGAACCGUUUCCCGAUUGCGGAUUGGAUCCGAGCCGGAAGAGACACAUUGAGAAGGCGACGAUGCUCCGAGCGAAAGUGAAAGCAGAGGUAUAUCAUAGACUCCGAAUAACAUAUCGCUUUUCGUGCUUUCAAGAUUCGGAACCGUUUGCGGAUCAUUGCCUUGUGCGUGGCGGCGCUCUCGCUGGUUGCCAUUGUUGUGUGUUUGGGAAGAGUCAUGCAUAAGAAAUCGAGAGAUGCGGUGAGCAUCGGUCAACGAAUGGUGACUGAUGGAACUAAUUUCAGAGAGAGCUUCGAUUUAAGGAGAACACGGCGGAACGACAUCGCCUCCUCACCAACCAAGUGCGCCUACAGAAAUUGUGAGAAAUUGUUUCGCAAUUGUACAAAUGUCCUGUUUCAGCGAGGAAACAGUUGCUCAAGAGAGUUCUCAGCUUCAAGAGGCCGAAAGGCUAGAAGAGAGAGGAAGAAGGAAGAGUGAACCCGCCGUCCUCAAAGUGACAGUUAAGAAGCCGGAGAAGAUCAAGUUGAAAACGAGAGGGCCCGUCCGGAGAAAGGAUACAAAGUAG